AAACCCUAGAGACACUGUUGGCAGUGUAUUGGCAUCUAAGAAGAGCACCAAGCCCCAUUGUCGAGAACAACCCGCAGACAAAAAAGAAUCCCUGAAAAUAAUCUUACAUGGCUGAAAUCUCGGCGACUUCGUUUCCUUCUUCUUCUUCCUCUGCUCUCUUGUUCCGUAGCUCCCACAAUGGUAGCUCAAAAUGUCAGAAUGUAGCUUGUCCAAGAACCACUUCCCAGUUCCAAGAGCUAUCUGUGAGACGAAGCCAGAUUGUUGGCAAUGCCGUUUUUACGGGUCAUGCUUCCGCAUCCCGCAGCUGCAAGAACCAAGCUAUCCGAGCUGUUCUCUCCAGUGAUGGAACUGCCCUGGCUAAUGAUUCAAAGGAGGCUGGACUUCGUGGGAAGCUGAAGAAGGUCGUUCUAGCUUACAGUGGAGGUUUAGAUACCUCUGUCAUCGUGCCAUGGCUAAAGGAGAACUAUGGUUGUGAAGUUGUGUGUUUCACUGCCGAUGUUGGUCAGGGAAUAAAAGAGUUGGAUGGUUUAGAACAAAAGGCAAAGGCUAGUGGUGCUUCUCAGUUGGUUGUUAAGGAUCUCACAGAGGAGUUUGUUAAAGAUUACAUAUUCCCUUGUCUUAGAGCUGGUGCCAUCUAUGAACGAAAAUACUUACUUGGUACCUCCAUGGCUCGGCCUGUCAUUGCCAAGGCCAUGGUUGAUGUAGCAGCAGAGGUUGGAGCUGACGCCGUUGCCCAUGGGUGUACUGGCAAAGGAAAUGACCAGGUUCGGUUUGAGCUUACCUUCUUUUCGUUAAACCCUGAACUUAAAGUUGUGGCACCAUGGAGAGAAUGGGAAAUCCAAGGCAGAGAAGAUGCCAUUGAGUAUGCAAAAAAGCAUAAUGUUCCCGUCCCAGUGACAAAGAAAUCUAUUUACAGCCGGGAUAGGAACUUGUGGCACCUUAGUCAUGAGGGUGAUCUAUUGGAAGAUCCAGCAAACGAGCCGAAGAAAGAUAUGUACAUGUUAAGUGUAGAUCCUGAAGAUGCUCCUGAUCAGCCUGAAUACAUCGAAAUCGGGAUAGAGUCUGGACUGCCAGUGGCACUGAACGGGAAGGCUUUGAGUCCAGCCACACUUCUGACCGAGUUAAACACCAUAGGAGGAAAACACGGGAUUGGGCGAAUCGACAUGGUCGAGAACCGUCUGGUUGGGAUGAAAUCACGGGGUGUGUAUGAAACUCCCGGGGGCACCAUCCUCUUUGCAGCAGUACAGGAACUAGAAUCCCUCACCCUAGACAGAGAGAGUAUUCAGGUAAAAGACUCGUUAGCACUGAAAUACGCAGAGAUGGUCUAUGCGGGGAGAUGGUUUGAUCCGCUUAGGGAGUCCAUGGAUGCUUUCAUGGAGAAGAUAACUGAGACAACCACGGGAUCUGUGACACUGAAGCUGUACAAAGGAUCUGUGUCGGUUACAGCGCGCAAGAGUCCAAACAGUUUGUAUAGACAGGACAUAUCUUCGUUCGAAGGGAGUGAGAUCUACAACCAAGCAGAUGCAGCCGGGUUUAUUCGUCUUUACGGGCUUCCAAUGAGAGUUAGAGCAAUGCUUGAGAAAGGAAUCUAGAAAGGGUUUCAUUCAUGUCUACAUGGAAUUGAGCCUGACAUAAGAACGUCCCUUAUUGUGAUGCAUUUGGCUUCACUUUGCUAUAAUGUUGAAAUAAUUCUAUCAAAUUGAAUAUUGUGCUUCUCUUUCAUGACAUGUGUAACUCAAGUUAUAUUUCUGUUAAUGGUGCGACUUACAACUGCAUUUAUAUUCUUCUA